CACACGCCUGUCUGUUCCUGCUAGUAAUGUCUAGUAAAAAUGGCGAGCCCCUUGUGAGAAAGAGACAUGACAUUCUUGAAAUCACACACACGUAUCUGCGAAUUAAAAUAAGAUAGCCAACAAAAUAGAUAAUAGUAUUCGCACAAUAUAGGCUUUGUAUCAGGAUGUUUGUAAGAUGCGCUCUGAAAUCCGCGUCUUUUGCUGCGCGUGAGAGCUGCGUGGUGUCGGGUGGGAAGCAAACCUGUUCGGCACUUGUGUCAAAACAUGUUCGUCCCGCUGUGCGACCUUUAUCAACUAAUAUCAGUGACAGGUGGGCUUCAAACGCUGAAGAGCUGAAAGCAGGUGGGCGGAGCUUGUCUGUCCAGCCAGUGAGGAGCUAUGCAGAAGCUGGAAAGAAAGAUGCUCGUCAGAGUCAGCUGGACGACCUGCCUGCAGCCAUGCUGAAGAAGGAGUACGCUGCAGUCCCUCAGGCGCAGAUGACGGAUGAUGUGGUCAGAAGGCUUUUAACCUUGGACCUGGCGAGCCAUAAGGAGAAACUGCGUCUGAAGGAGGAGCAGCUGGUGGCUAAAGUCCGUCUGCACGAGAACGACAGCAGCUCGCUCGCGGUGAAGGUGGCCGUUCUGACAGCUAGAAUCCGAAACUAUCAGGAGCACUUGCAGCAGCACCCGAAGGUGAGGACUGAGGACAAGGCCAACAAGCGGCGGAUGCUGAUGAGCGUGGACCGCAGGAAGAAGAUGCUGAAGGCCCUGCGGAGCACGCGGUACGACGUGUUCGAGAGCGUCUGCGCGCAGCUCGGGAUCUCCUACGCCUUCCCCCCGGAGUACUACAGACGCGUCACCCACCGCUGGCUCGCCAAGAAGGCCCUCUGCAUCCGGGUUUUCAACGAGCUUCAGAAAAGGCGCAAGGAGCACAGACGCAUGAUGGCGGAGGCCGCCGGCGGAGCCAAGGCAGAAGCAGCCGAUAAGGCUUCCACCGAUGUCCAGGGGACAGCAGCAUAGGGAUGGAUGCCCCGGGAAUCUGAAUCGAUUAGUCAUGCCUGGUCACCACAGCACCAUUGGGAAUCUGAAAAAUGCACUGCCUGAGCUGUUCAUGAUGUUCUUCUGACAGGAUAAAUGACACAUUAGGCCUUUUUUUCCCCGGCUAAGAUUUUUUGCAGGAGCAGAGCAAGUAUCGGUCUUGUUUUUUUAACAAGGCAGCCAUUGGCACGUAAUUAUUUGGCCUGUCCAGGGUGACCAUGCACAUCAUCCCAUGGACACAUUCACACAUUAUACAAAUCUAUUGUACAUGACAUUAAUAAUAAAGAAUAAAAAUGUAAAAAACUU